UUUUUUUUUUUUGCGAACAACGACAAUAAAUGAUUUCCGUUCAAAGAUCUCUACCAUUGUACCUCAUCUUAUAUCUGACAUUACUCGUUUUAUUAUCACAGCAUACAGUUGCAUCCAUUGCCAACUCUUUUGGUGACGACAAUAGCAACAAAACAACCAUCAUUGAUAUACUUAUACGAGAGAAACGGUUUCAAAUUCUUCUAGAUCAUUUGAACCGAACACAAUUAUUACCAUUUGUGAAUGAUCUUACUUCAACAACUCUUUUUGCACCGGACGAUAAAGCGUUUGAACAGUACCAAGGUCAAGAUAUUGAUAAGGACAUUCUAUUAUACCACUUUAUUACCAAAGGAAUGACCAGCCAAGACUUUUAUAAUGACCAACUACUAACUUCACUCUAUGUGCGACCCGAUGUAUUGGGACCUAGCAAGAAGGACCAUGGACAGCGUAUCAAAGUCACAACGGAAGACCUUUUGGGAAAAGAUCAUGGGAAAGUGUAUGUUAAUCAAGUUCAAAUCACAACACAAGAUAUCCAGGUCAAUAACGAAACAUAUAUUCAAGUCCUUGAUCAAGUUUUAUCUCCUCCUCUUAUGCUAGAUAAAUUACUAGAGGAACAAUAUCAAGCGCAUUAUAAUGCUAUGAAAUUAGUGGAUGUGGAAAAAAUGAUUGGUCGAGAAAAACCGUAUACUGUGUUUGCUACAAAGGUCGAUGUCUUUGGGAAAUUCAAUACUAUUGAAAACACUUAUUUGUUAUCUGGAUAUGGGAAAAGGGAUCUUCAACGAUAUCUCAACUACAUGGUGAUAGUCAAUUAUGAACAUGACAAUGGUGGACCGUUAUAUAGUAUAGAUUUGCCAAGAACAACAACAAAUUAUAAAACGGCAAACGGUGAAAUCAUUACAGUUGAAGUAUCUGAAGAUGGAGGCAUUAAAGUCAAUGGUAUAGCUGUUGUAAAGAAAGAUAUCUUGGCAGCCAAUGGGGUACUACACGAAUUAGAAGGUAGUCUUGUUCCCAACAGCCUUGUAUUUGAUACUAGAAAAUAUCUCUAUGGUCUCAACACUACUAAAUAUGUAUCGCUAUUGGAUCGGUUUGGUCUCAGUCAGUACUUGGAUGCUUCUUACUAUAAUUAUACUUUUUUGGCACCAGAGAAUGACGCUAUUGAUGAAAAUGCAAUUCCAAACCACAGCAAGCAUGAUUGGCUCAGUUAUCAUCUUUCGAAUGGCUCUUGGACAAAAGAUCUACUUCAUGAUGGAAUGAUGUUGAAAUCACAAUAUGCUUCUGAACCUAUGGAUGGAGCUUUACAACGGAUCCCUGUGUUUGUUGAAAACGAAGAAAUAUUCUCAGCCAAACUUGGGAAAUCGAUUCGUUUUGAUAAUGCCCGGGUCAUUACUGAUAUUGGUAUUCAAGGCAACACUAUUUACAAAGUGACGGAUCCUUUGAAGAUACCAGGUGAUGUGCUAUCAAGAUUGGUGGUAGAUCUGGAUUUAUCAACCUUUAUUGCAACAUUAUAUGUCUCUGAAUUAGCGGAUGAAAUACGACAUGCUAAAGGGAUUACCUUAUUUGUUCCUACUAAUGAUGCAUUCAAGCGACUAGGAUUAUUGGCCAAAUAUCUUGUUCAUCCAACUGGAAAACAACAUUUACAAACUAUAUUAAGAUUCCAUGCUGCUCAAAAAUUACUUUAUUAUGAUGAUAUGCUUCAUCAUGUGUAUGAAGUCCCCACAUUAUCGAAAUCUAUUCUUCGUAUACGUGCCACUAAGGAUCAGCAACAUGUAGUAGUAGGACGACCAGAUGGAUCAGAUGCUGAGGCAGGCAUGAUUGUAGUUGAUGGAAAAGGCAGUAAUGGUGGCGAUGGAAACAAAAAUAUUCUCAUGUCCAAUGGUGUUGUUCACAAAUUGAAUGAAGUCCAGAUUCCCAGUCAGGUGAAAAUCAACAAUUAUGAUCUGCUUGUAGGUAUUGGUGCUACGACUAUGGUCAAGGUAUUGGAACGAGCGAACAUGACGGAUGUAUUGAAUCGAAGUGACUGUGUUGUACUAGCCCCUACUGACAAGGCAUUUGCUCAUGUGGAUCUUGACAAUCUUUACAAUAAUCCUGAUCAACUGAACCGAAUUGCACGAUUCCAUCUACUCUCAACGACAUGGCAUCAAGAUUCUACGGCAUGGCAAGCGGAUUAUCAAACUCAUUUAUCAGACAAGGAUAAAGUGAUCAUCAAGAAAGAAGGGGGUGACACGCACAAAGGUGGUGAUGAUGAUGAUGAUUUGAUUGUUGUGGUCAAGGACAAGGAAUCGAUGAUGGCUCAAGUGACAGGUCUUGGUAGAGCUACAACUGGUCAAGGUGGUGUUCUUGAAAUCAACACGGUGUUAGUUCCUAUCAGACGUGGUGUGUUUGGAUUACCUUUUGUUUGGUCUGUUGUGGUGCUGAUCAUCAUUAUCCUUAUUGUUUCUCUUAUUGUUGGUGUUAUUGGCUUCUUUACCUAUAAGAUCUACAAUCGUCGUCGACUGGGAUAUCGUGCUGUGUGAUGAUAUAUCUUUAGUUAGAAUAUUGAUGAAUGCUUUUAUGUGCAUCC